AUGGUCUCCUGCUCCUCUCCUCUAGUGGUACCGGGCCUUCGACACCUCUCUCACUCAUCUGACUGCCACCAGAGGACAGGUGAGGUGUAUGUCGGAGCCGUCAACCGAGUGCUGAAGCUAUCGGCUAAUCUGACGGAGCUGAGGAGUCACAUGACCGGACCUGUGGAGGACAAUGCUAAAUGUUACCCUCCGCCCAGCGUCAGGUCCUGCGGCCAUCGACUGGAGAUGUCAGAUAACGUGAAUAAGCUCUUGCUGGUGGAUUAUAUCGGGAACAGACUGGUGGCAUGCGGCUCCAUCUGGCAGGGUGUCUGUCAGUUCCUCAGGCUGGAGGAUCUUUUCAAACUGGGGGAACCGCAUCACCGCAAGGAGCACUACCUGUCUGGAGCCAGAGAGGCUGAUGGGAUGGCAGGCGUGGUUGUUGAGGACGACUGGUUGGCUGACCCCAAGAGAAAAAAACCAGAGAAGGCCAAGAGCCACUUGUUCAUCGGGGCCGCCAUUGAUGGAAAGGCUGAAUAUUUCCCGACGCUCUCCAGCAGGAAGCUGGUGGUCGAUGAAGAAAGCGUCGAGAUGUUCUCACUGGUUUACCAGGAUGAGUUUGUUUCCUCACAGAUCAAGAUCCCCUCCGACACCCUGUCGCUCUAUCCCGCCUUUGACAUCUACUACGUCUACGGCUUCUCCAGUCGCACGUACGUGUACUUCCUGACGCUGCAGCUGGACACGCAGCUGACACAGAUGGAUGCCGGAGGAGAGAAGUUCUUCACGUCUAAGAUUGUGAGGAUGUGCUCCAACGACACGGAGUUCUACUCGUACGUGGAGUUUCCUCUGGGCUGCACAAAAGACGGCGUGGAGUACCGAUUGGUCCAGGCUGCCUACAAGCAGAAACCAGGGCGGCGGCUGGCACAAGCACUCGGCCUUUCUGAAAACGACGACAUCCUGUUUGUUGUCUUCUCACAGGGUCAGAAGAAUCGCUCCAACCCCCCCAGAGAGACGGUCCUCUGUCUGUUCACCCUCCAUGACAUCAACCUGGCCAUGAGAGAGAGGAUCCGCUCCUGUUACCGCGGAGAGGGACGACUCUCGUUACCGUGGUUACUCAACAAAGAGCUGCCCUGCAUCCACACUAAGGCAGCAGAGUUCACCCACUGUGACAGACUCUUGUCCCCGCACCACAGAUGA